AUGCCACUUGCUCAGUUUGACCUUGAACAUAUUGUGAAGCCAUGGCUUCUAGGUCCCCAGAGGGCGUACAUCUUUACAUCUGCCAACCUCAUUGACCCUGUCUCCGGAACAGUCAUCGAAAACACCACCAUUAAACUUUCCAAUGGCGUUGUAUCGUCAAUUGAUACAACUGGGGGAGAGGUUAACAGUGUUGACUGCUAUGCUGUGCGGAUCAAUAUGAAGGGCAAAUACAUCAGCCCGGGCUUAAUCGACAGCCAUGUCCACAUCUCUGCAGUCCCUGGGUCAUUGAAUCUUCGAGACAUGAAGGAAAUGAGCAGCAAUCAGAGUAUUCUCCGACAACCGAGCGUUUGCAAGUCCAUGCUGGACCGUGGGUUCACAACUGUGCGAGACUGCGGAGGGGCGUCUAUUGCACUGAAAGAAUCAAUCCAGGACGGUGUCAUCCCCGGCCCGAGGCUAUUCAUUGCUGGACAUGCCCUCUCUCAAACAGGCGGCCACGGAGACCGUCGACAGCAACACGAUCCGAACGAAUGCUGUGCGGGUCAUGUGAAUGGCAUUGGGCGCAUCGUGGAUGGGGUAGAUCAAUGUCUAAAGUAUGCCCGUGAGGAACUGAGACAAGGCUCCGACUUUAUCAAAAUCAUGGGAGGUGGUGGCGUUGCUAGUCCAACUGACCAGGUACAGCACCUUCAGUUCUCUGACGAGGAAAUAAAAGCGAUUGUCACCGUGGCCAACAAUGCAGGGACAUACGUUACCAGUCAUGCGUAUACACCGCAAGCAAUCCAGCAGGCCAUUAGGCAAGGAGUCAAGGGCAUUGAGCAUGGCAAUCUCCUCGAUGAAAAAACGGCAAUGAUGAUGAAGGACUACGGUGUUUUUCUUACUCCUACCUUGGUAACUUAUGCGACUAUGGCUGCUUCAGACUUUAGCGGGUUCCUUCCCCCAGUCUCUGCGAAGAAGAACCGCGAAGUCUUGGAUAAAGGCUUACAUGCGCUGGAGCUCGCCAGUAAGAUUGAAGUGGAUAUUUGCUUUGGAACGGACCUAUUAGGGCCCUUGCAUUACGCCCAGAGUAAAGAGUUUACCAUUCGGAGCACUGUGCAGUCAUCGUUGCAAAUUCUUCGAAGCGCUACUACCACUCCUGCCAGGAUGCUGGGGCAGAGUAGCUUCCUCGGUCAGGUUGCGCCUGGGUUUGCCGCUGACUUGCUCAUAUUGAACAAAAACCCUUUGGAGGAUAUCACCGUCUUUGAUCGGCCUGAUGACCAUUUGCUGGCAGUUAUCAAGGAAGGCCGUGUGGUGACUUCACGUUGGACUGAAUUGGAGGUCGAAGCAAGCCCCCAGCCGAGGAUUGAAUAA